GUCAAAUUGACCACGGAAGAACACGAGGAAGUAAAAACGGAGGCGUGAGACCCUGACUAUAAACGUAAUGUAGGCUACUGAUAACACUAGAAGCCAUGUCAUCCAAAGUGGGAGUCAAUGGUGAAAUUGAAAAGAGAGCAGCUAUGACAACUGAGACCUCCUUGGCAACAAAUAUAGGGGAAACUAUCAAGAACAAUGAAGAACAGGUGGAAUUUAACUCCAGUAAUGACAUAACAGCCUCCGACACAAAUACUGUAGCCGCAAGUAACCUAGCUCUACUGAAAGCCCACUCUUUGGAUGUUAAAUUUGAAGUGGGGGAAGAAUAUGACAUCAUUGAAACAAUAGGAACAGGGGCCUAUGGUGUUGUGUCUUCAGCAAGGAGGCGGGACAAUGGGCAGCGGGUGGCGAUAAAGAAGAUUCCAAAUGCCUUUGACGUGGUGACUAAUGCCAAACGCACGUUACGAGAACUUAAGAUUCUCAAACAUUUCAAACAUGACAAUAUUAUUGCCAUUAAAGACAUCCUUCAACCUGCUUUGCCUCACUCUGCAUUCAAAUCUGUAUAUGUGGUUUUGGAUCUGAUGGAGAGUGACCUCCAUCAGAUCAUCCACUCCCGUCAACCACUCACCCCUGAGCACACUCGCUACUUCCUCUACCAACUUCUGCGAGGACUUAAAUACAUCCACUCCGCUAACGUCAUUCACCGUGACCUCAAGCCCUCCAACCUGCUGGUCAAUGAGAACUGCGAGUUGAAGAUUGGGGACUUUGGGAUGGCCCGGGGGCUCAGCUCACAUCCGGAAGAGUCAAGGUCAUUCAUGACCGAAUACGUGGCAACCCGGUGGUACAGGGCCCCGGAGCUCAUGCUGUUCUUGCACCACUACAGCUUAGCUAUCGACAUGUGGUCGGUGGGAUGCAUCUUUGCCGAGAUGCUGGGGAGGAAGCAGCUGUUCCCCGGGAAGCAUUACGUGCAUCAGCUGCAACUCAUUCUGCAUAUUUUAGGUACUCCUCCUGAGGGGGUGAUUGGGGCUAUUGGAGCGGACAGGGUGCGUUCCUAUGUACAGAGCCUGCCAACCCGUAGUCCCAUCCCCCUCACCUCUCUGUACCCCCUGGCUGAACCAUCCGCCCUGGACUUGCUGGCAGCGAUGCUGCGUUUUGACCCUCGUGAAAGAAUCAGUGUGACCCAGGCGCUGGCACACCCCUACCUCGCCAAAUACCAUGAUCCUGAUGAUGAGCCCAUCUGCGUACCAGCUUUUGAUUUUGAGUUUGAUAAGCUGUCACUUAGCAGGGAGCAAAUUAAAGAGGCAAUUUUGGGGGAGAUACAAGAUUUUCACCAGAGGAAGCAAGGGAACAGGCGGAAGAUUCAGUUCAAGCCACUUCAAAGGCAGAGUAACCAGUGUAGUUUGGCUAAUAACGUAUUAACCACAACACCGAUUCAGCAAUUACAGCUGCAGAAAUUGCCAAAUCAAGAAUUUCAACAGAAACAGGAUAACAUUAUUGAUAAACCAACCCAAGCUGCCCAAACUGCCUUCAUAAGUGGGAUCCCACACCUCUGCAAACAGGACCCUCCAUUGCCUCUCCAUACCCAAACAGAAAGCUGCCAAGAUGUGGAUAUGCCCAGUGCCAACUCUGAAAAUGGUCAUCCUGAGACUAUUGACUUGACAACUCCAGUUUCUACACAAGCUACCCCUCUGCCUAAUAUUGGAGAAAGCUUAAAGAUGGAGGGGCCAUCGUCUAACCAGAGGCCCAUCACACCAGUAACUCAAAUUCAUUCCCUCGCUCUAGCUUCCACUCUGCCCUCCACCUCAUCUCAAACCCCAUCCUCGUUUUCCCUGCCUGGUCCCUCUCUCUCACUGUCUCAGUCACAAGCACAGUCUCUCUCUCAGUCCUUAUCUCGUUCACUGGCUAAAGGGGGCCGAGUUGGAACAGGAGAAGCAACCCGAAAAGAAGGUGCCAUUUCAGAUGAUACCAAAGCAGCCCUAAAAGCAGCCUUGCUGAAAUCAGCUCUCAGACAAAGAACAAGAGAUGGAGGCUCAGCAGGGCUGAGCAUGGAAAUUGUGGGAGCAGGGGGGCUAGCAUCCUCUCUCCCCUCUUCCCUCCCCCCUCCGGAACUGCGGCGUCCAGUCACAGCCCAGGAACGACAGAGAGAAAGGGAAGAGAAGAGGAGGAGGAGACAGGAACGAGCUAGAGAACGAGAGAGGAAGAUGAAGGAGAAGGAGAAAAGAGAAGGGAAGGAGUCUCUUAGAGGUGUGGUGUUGAGCGAUAAUGACAAGUCCCUGCUGGAACGCUGGAGACGGAUGAUGGACAGCCAGGCUGAUAAAUCUCAGCAGGUUUUAGAUGACAGUCGGACUAAAGACAGUAAAGCUGUGUCCCUUAAUGUGAAUUCAACCAGGCAGACCCAGGUAGUGAUGGAAAAGGGGCACCCCUUGACAAAUAUUGAGGUCAGGCAAGAUAAUAAAGAAGUAUGUGAGCAUCACAUAGAUAAACAACAAAAAGGACAGCAAGUAAAAGAACAACAGCUGGUUACCCAGUCAAACCAAAAUUUGCCUGGAUUCUAUCAACAACCCAGUUCACCUGUUUCACUACCCUUUUCACUGACAUUGGUACAGGACGGGAGCAGGGACAUAGUUAGUGGAGGGGUGGACACGUUGGAUGACUCUGCAUUUGCCAAAAACAGGACUCACAAGCAACAGGCAGAAUUUGGAGGGAGGAACAUACACGGUACACCAGAGAACUGGACUCGUCGAGAGAGUGGGGUUGCAGCAGUGUUGCCCCAACAAGUACAUGUAGUACUGAGCAGUACCGGCAUUGCCCCACCAAGUACAAGUAGCGAAUACGCUUCUCAGUCAGGUUUCCCACAGCCUCAACUUCUAGCAAUGGGACCUUAUAUGUGUAAAUCCACUGUUUUCUCACAAGGGGAAGGCCUUAGAGUUGAAACCAAUGGAAAUGCAAGAAUGGGGCACCAGAACAACAGUGACUCCCUCCAAGUGCCAGACUCCGCCAGUGAGGUCAGAAACAUUGACAAGAUCUUUCCCUCUUUAAGCGAGCAGCCCUGUACUCUCCCACGGAGUCCCCAGCCUGGGCCGUCACUGAGCUCACAGCCCAGCCAGGAGCUUUCUCUCUCUGAGCAGCCAGGGAGCAGCAGCGUCCCUGACAUUCACACGGUGACUUUGCAGCUGUCCAAGUCACAGGUGGAAGAUGUUUUGCCCCCAGUUUUUUCAAUGACCCCCAAAGGAAGUGGUGCAGGAUACGGGGUGGGGUUUGACCUGGAUGAUCUCCUCGCUCAGUCCUUCACGGACCUCCAGCACUCAGACCUCAGGGAUGGUCACAGUGACUCCGCCCCCCUCUCAGCCUCUUUGCUUUCUGAUUGGCUUGAAGUCCACCGAAUGACCCCAGCAGACUUGGAAUCACUUCAGCAGGAAUUGCAGCUUGGGUCUCCCAUGAUCCUUUCGGAUACACCCACCCCUCCUGAUACAUAACUGUCUUUCUGUGAAACAAAGGGCUGUGAAUGUAGUCUCAUUGAUUAUGAAUACUGGAUUGAUUUAUUACUGAAUAACUGAGUUGCUUGAUUUAAAAAAAUUAAAAAAAAGAAAACGCUAAGUUUAGUAAUAGUCAAUAGUGAUUAUUAUUGCUAUUAGACAUUUGAUUUUUGUACAUCUAUUACAGACAUUGUAUUCUUUUUUAAAUAAAAAGAAUAGACUUGGUGUUGGUAGUUGAAUAACCAUGAGGCAGAAAAAUA